CGCUCGAAAAUGAAUGGAACCGACUUCGUAGGAAAAGUGAUUAGCAGAUUUUAAACUUCAUGCGUAUUAACUCAUUAUCAAGGUGUUACAUGUAUUCUCAUCAGUAAGCUUCACAGGUAGACAUGAAGAGCUACAUGAACCCUCGUAUUCUCCAUGUUACUUCUGCAGAUCUCUGUCAUUCUUCCUCAAGAGAUUCCAAGGAUUAUAAAGGUGUAUCUUCAUGAUGCUGCGACUCUCCCCUGUAAUCAGACAUGUUCUGAUCAGGUUACAUGGAUUGGGUACCGUAGUCAUGUUACAUGGUUUGGGUACCCUAAAGCAGAUGACAUUCUGGCUCAGUGUGAUCAGACAUCAUGUCAGUCAAAGGAGGGAUUUCACAUGUCCCAUGAUCAGUACCUGAAGGGAGAUCUCUCCCUCACCAUCACUGAUGUUGAUUACACUAAGACGGCCUGGUACACAUGUGAGUGUGAUCGUGUAAGGAUCUGUGAUAUGAGUCUACAUCUUGAGCCUCUUAGUUUGGCUAUUCCUGUGAAUAAAGGACAAUCUCUCACCAUGGAUAUGCCUGUGUUAAAACCAGUGGAGGUGUUUUUUACCAGUAUUGGUGAUGCCAGUUCAAACCGUGUCAGACUGUAUAUCAUUGGCAGACCUACAAUAUAUGACAUUGGGAAUGAGUAUAAGAACAGAAUGUCCUUCAGUUUCAGUCUGCAGCUGAGACAGCUAAAAGAGUCUGAUAGUGGUGUUUACACCAUACAGAAUGCACAGAAUGAUGAAAUCUUGGCAAGAGUGAAUGUAAACGCUUCCAGUGUCCAGCCUGGAGAGACUAUGACCCUGCAACUACCUUUACCUUUAAUCAUGUUUGUGUCAUUUAACAAGUCUGAUGAAAUUUCAAACUCUGUCAGAAUCUGUACAAUCUCAUGGUUUUAUACUAAAUGUAUCUCUGAGUAUGAGAGGACAGUGUUGCUAAGUUUGAGUCUGCAGCUGAAGGAUUUGAAGGAGUCUGAUAGUGGAAUUUACACCAUACGGGACAUCUGGAAUGAUGACGUCAUUGCUACAUACACAGUGACUGUUAACGGUGUUUCUCGAGUAUCACAGAGUGUAGAGGUGAAGCUUAAUGAGAAUACAACUCUCACCUGUAAUAAGAUGUGUUCUGGUCUGGUCAUAUGGACUGUGUUCCAUAAACCAGGUGACAUUCUGGCUCAGUGUAAUCAGACAUCAUGUCAGUCAAAGGAGGGAUUUCACAUGUCCCAUGAUCAGUACCUGAAGGGAAAUCUCUCCCUCACCAUCACUGGUGUUGAUUACACUAAGAGGGCUGUGAGUGUGAUGGUACUGACCUCUGUGAUGUGAGACUGCAGCUGGAGCCGCGCAUUGCCCACAUUUGUGUGAAGCUUGGAGAUUCUCUCACCCUGGAUGUCCCCAUCCCAGAGAAAGUGGAAGUACUUUUGAACCGGACCGGAGAUAACAGGACCCGACCAGACUCUGUCAGACUGUGUGAGAUUGAAGGGCGUAAACCUUAUUGUACCUCUGAGUAUGAGAAGAGAGUGUCAUUCAAUUUCAGUCUGCAGGUGAAGGAUCUGAAGGAAUCUGAUAGUGGAAUUUACAUCAUACAGGACACCGAGAAUAAUGAAGUCAUUGUUACAUACAAUGUCACCACAGUCACAGCUGGGGGUCGGCAGGUGGAAUCUGACACAGACACUGAGGAGAAGGAGCCAGAGAAGACUGACAUGAGAGUGCAGACAGUGGUGCUGCCACUGGUCAUACUGGUCAUACUGGUGUCUGCAGUGGUGGUGCUGCUCCGAAAGAAAUUACAUUAUUGUUUGUCAUGUAUGAAGGUUCAAUUAAAUUAAUGUGUAGAGCAAGAGAUGAAUGAGGAAAACCACCCAGUGGAGGCUCCAUUCUGAAAUCCUGAUUCAUCAAAUAAUGAGGUAAAAGCUGGGGGCAGUGGUAGCUCAGUGAUUAAGGUACUUGACUUGUAGUCAGAAGGUUGCUGGUUCAAGUUACCAGUGUUGA